AUGGCCGCGACAAAAAAAAGCAUUUGGAUAUAAAAUUUAAAUUUUAAAUGAUAUUAUUUUGAUAAGUUUAAAACAUUUAAUUUAUUUUUUUGAUUCAAUGUUAAAAUCUUAUUUACGGUGUAUUUUAUAUAUUUAUUAAAACAUAUGCAAAUGUGGUAUAUACUAAGAAAUUUAUGAAGAAACAGUGUUAUUAAAAAAAAGAUUUUUUUGUCUUUGUCAAAAUCAAUUUAGUAUUUUUAUUUAAACCUUACAAGUAGACUUAUUUAGAAAUAUUUAUGAUGAUUGUUUAAUAUUUAAUUUAAAAUAAAAAUACAAUAUAAAAAUAUAAAAAAAAAUUUAGUGGAAUUCCGAAUAAAAUAUGAAAUUAGAAAUGUAAUAACAAUUUUGACAGGUACAAACGUUAACGACCAUAAGAAGACGAAGGUGGAAUUUGUAGAUCAUCUCUUUUUACCUGGUUUUUUGGCUGUGUGGUUUCUCAUAUCAAAAAAAUCACAACAAAAAAUUUUUUUUUGCAUAUUGUUUUUUAAACAACAAAUUUUUAAUAUUUUAUUUUUGCAAUAAUGUCUGGAAUUAUAAAUGAUCAUCAUCGCAAAAGGCUGCAAAAGCUGGAGGAGCAAUUGCGGGACCCUUUUAGUAUUGCAAAUGUGGAUUGUCUUUUAGAUACUAUAACUGCUUUAAUAGCAGAUUGUGAACAUGAAUCUGUUAAAAGAUUGAAAAAUAUUGAAGCUUACACUAACAGAUAUGAAACUUUAGCUAGGGAAAUUAUUGAAUUGCGCAUGAAACCAGAAGAUUUCGAUGUUAUUAAAUUAAUUGGACGCGGAGCAUUUGGUGAAGUUCAAUUGGUAAGACAUCGUUCAACAAAGCAAGUCUAUGCAAUGAAGCGAUUAUCGAAAUUUGAAAUGAUAAAAAGGCCAGAUUCUGCUUUCUUUUGGGAAGAACGACAUAUUAUGGCGCACGCGAACUCCGAAUGGAUAGUUCAAUUACAUUAUGCAUUCCAAGACAAUAAAUAUUUAUAUAUGGUUAUGGAUUAUAUGCCCGGAGGUGAUAUUGUAGGGUUAAUGUCAGUAUAUGAAAUACCAGAAAAAUGGGCAAUUUUUUAUACUAUGGAAGUUGUUUUAGCACUAGAUACUAUUCAUAAUAUGGGAUUUGUUCAUAGAGAUGUCAAACCUGACAAUAUGUUGUUGGAUAAAUAUGGGCAUUUGAAAUUAGCUGAUUUCGGUACUUGUAUGCGAAUGGGUCCAGAUGGAUUAGUUAAAUCUAGUAAUGCUGUUGGCACACCCGAUUAUAUUAGUCCAGAAGUCUUACAAUCACAAGGUGGAGAAAAUGAAUACGGAAGGGAAUGUGAUUGGUGGUCAGUUGGAAUAUUUCUUUACGAAAUGUUAAUAGGCGAUACUCCAUUUUAUGCUGAUAGUUUAGUAGGAACAUAUGGAAAAAUUAUGGAUCAUAAGAAUUCAUUGAAUUUCCCAUCUGAUGUUGAAAUAAGUGAAAACGCUAAAUCACUUAUUAGAGGAUUUUUAACAGAUCGCUUAAAUAGAUUAGGCAAGAGUGGUAUUGAAGAAAUUAAAUGCCAUCCUUUUUUCCAAAAUGAUACCUGGACAUUUGAUAACUUAAGAGAAUCGGUUCCCCCUGUUGUUCCCGAAUUGGCAAGUGAUGACGACACCAGAAAUUUUGAGGAAAUCGAAAAAGAUGAUACACCUGAAGAGGUUUUUCCUGUACCUAAAACUUUCGCCGGAAAUCAUUUACCUUUUGUGGGAUUUACGUACACUAGUGAUUAUCAAUUACUAUCAAAUGAUAAUGUAGACUCCAAAUUAACAGCAAAUUCAAUACAUCGUCAUAGACCUUCAAACUCAAGUGAAAUAAAGCGUUUAGAAGCUUUAUUAGAACGUGAAAAAUUAAAUGUAGAAAAUUUGGAAAAACAAGAUAGGAAUUUAAGAUUACAAAUCGAAACAAUUACUAAACGCGAAGCCGAGGUUCAAAUGCUUUGUAGUAAUUAUGAAAAAGAAUUAGCAAUUUUAAAACACAAUUACAAGGAAGCCCAACGAAAAGCAGAACACGAAAUGGAUAUGAGACGUAAAACUGAGUCGUUGCUGGCUGAAACUAAAAAGAAUUUAGAUGAUGAACAAAAUAAACGUACUAGAGAAAUGAAUAAUAAUCAGCAGCAUAAUGAUAAAAUCAAUAUGUUGGAGAAGCAACUUUCAGAAAUGCAAGAAAAUUUAAUUUCAGAAACUGAAAAUAGUCAAAAACUUAAAAAACAAGCAGGAGAAUUACGCUUGGCAAAGACUGAAGCUGAACAAAAAGUCAAUCAAUUGCAAACUGUCCUUGCAGGUUUGCAAGCACAAAGAGAUGCGUUACAACAGGAGAUUACAGAACUCCAGUCACGCUUAAUGCAAGAGAAAAAUGCUCGACAACAACUUAAAGAAUUACAUAAAGAAUUAGAAAACAAAUUACAAACAGUAAAUAUAGAUCUUGAGAAAUGUUUAAGUCGUGAACAACAAACAAUAAACGAUAAUCGUUCGUUAGGUGAAAAAAUAUCUGAACUAGAAAAAGCAAAUGCGGGUUUGGAUUUGGAAUUAAAAUCAGCACAACAACGAUAUCAACAAGAAGUUAAAGCCCAUCAAGAAACUGAAAAAUCUCGACUCCUUAGUCGAGAAGAAGCUAAUAUGCAAGAAGUAAAAGCUCUUCAAACAAAACUGAAUGAAGAAAAAUCAGCUCGAAUGAAGGCUGAUCAUAAUUCACAAGAAAAAGAACGGCAAAUAUCUAUGCUUUCUGUUGAUUAUCGUCAAAUUCAACAAAGAUUGCAAAAGCUUGAGGGUGAAUGUAGGCAAGAAACAGAAAAAGUGUUGGCGUUGCAAAGUCAAUUAGAGCAAGAGCAAAGCAAAAAAGCGACAAUAUUGUCUGAAUACAGUCUUCAAAGUUCUGAAGUUGCACAUUUAAAAGCUCGAGAAAAUCAGUUGAAUAAGGAAGUAAAUCAGCUGCGGGAAGCAAAACGUCGAUACGAGGAUGAAAUAGUUAAAGUAAAAAAUGCUCACAACGUUGAUAUAUUACAGAUGAAAGAAUUACAGGAUCAAUUAGAGGCCGAACAAUAUUUUUCUAGGUUAUAUAAAACUCAAAGUAGCGAACUUCGUGAGGAAAAUAGUGAAAAAAUGCGUGCAAUUCAAGAAUUAGAAGAUGAACGCGUUUCGUUGAAGCAUCAAAUGCAAGUGGCAGUGGCUAGAGCUGAUGCUGAGGCUUUAGCUAGAACAAUAGCAGAAGAAACAGUUGCUGAUUUAGAAAAAGAAAAAACUAUUAAGGAAUUAGAAUUAAAAGAUUCUAUGACUAAACACAGAAAUGAAAUUGCAGCAAAAGAAGCAGCUUUAAAUGCUCUAAAAGAAAAUGAGGCUGAGGUAGUCAAAAAAUUAAAUCAAAAAAUAACUGAAUAUGAAGACCUAUUACAUGAGAAGAAAAAAUUGCAAGAAGAAAUGUCACAGCAUUUAACGGAUAAAGAUACAGAAUUGGAAAAAUUAAGAGAAAAAUACAAAAACGAAUGUUUACUUAAACAAGUAGCUGUUAAUAAAUUAGCUGAAGUUAUGAAUAGGAAGGAUACAGAUAUGGGUAAACCGAAAGGCAAAGUGCGUUCUUCAGCAGAUCUUAGGAAAAAGGAAAAGGAGAGUAGACGACUUCAACAAGAGUUAACCCAAGAAAGGGAUAAAUAUAAUCAACUUUUGCACAAAUUCCAAGAUUUACAAAGCCAAUUAAUAGAAGAAAGCAAUUCAAAAACGAAAUUGCAAAUGGAAAUUGAUUGUAAAGCAACAGAAAUCGAAAAACUUCAGUCAAAAUUAAAUGAGACAGCAUCACUCUCUUCUGCUGAUAAUGAUCCUGAAGAUAAUCAAGAUUCAGUAUUCGAAGGAUGGUUAAGUGUGCCAAAUAAACAAAAUAUACGAAGACAUGGUUGGAAAAAGCAAUUUGUUAUCGUUUCCUCACGAAGAAUAAUCUUUUAUAAUUCUGAAAUUGAUAAGCAAAAUACUAUAGAUCCCGUGCUUAUUUUAGAUUUAAGCAAAGUAUUUCACGUACGUUCGGUAACUCAGGGUGAUGUUAUUCGUGCUGAUGCCAAAGAAAUUCCUCGUAUAUUUCAGUUACUUUAUGCUGGUGAAGGCGAAGCCAGAAGACCUGAUGAACAACAAAAUCAAUUAGAUAUUAGCUCAUUUAGAGGAGGUGGAGAUGAAAGGCCAGGAACAGUAAUACAUAAAGGACAUGAAUUUGUUCAAAUAAGUUAUCAUAUGCCAACAGCUUGUGAAGUUUGCCCUAAAUCCCUUGGGCAUAUGUUUAAGCCGCCGGCGGCCUAUGAAUGUAAAAGAUGCCGCAAUAAAAUUCAUAAAGAACAUGUAGAUAAUAAUGAUCCCUUGGCUCCAUGUAAAUUACAUCAUGAUCCUCAUAGUGCUAGAGAAAUGUUAUUAUUAGCAUCUACAACUGAGGAACAAAACCUAUGGGUUAGUCGUUUAUCAAAACGUAUCCAAAAGUCUGGCUAUAAGGCUAAUUCUUCAUUAAAUAAUAAUAGUACUGGAGAUGGAAGUAAAAUUUCACCAAGAAUGAUGCGAGCUGUGGAUAUGUUUUUUAAUAAAAUAUUUCCAGCAUAAGAUACAAAUCUUUUUUGCAUCUGUGAUAGCACUGCCUUGUUUUUAGUGUAUAUGUUUUUAGUAUAAUGAAAAAUAACAUUUUGAAGAGAUUUGUGCUUACCGCAUUGUAUUAUAAUUAUGUUAUAUAAUCUUACAAGUAUAACAAUUGCAAUAGGUAUGUAUAUAUAUUGAAAUACACUUGUUAUGUAAAGUAUUCUGUAUUUUAUAUUUACUAUAUUAGUAUUUCCAAUAUUCUAAUAUUAACAAAAAAUAUAACAUGGAAAAAAAUUGUCAUUAUAUUAUUGGAAAAAGUUGUUGACUACUAAAAUUAGAGGUAAUCUCAUACACAAUUCAGUAAUUGGAAUUUGUAAGUUGAAUUGUGUAUUAGAUACCAUUUUGCUAUAAUUUUGAAGUCAGGGAGUAUGUUCAUCUUAUUUAAAAUUUUAUAAGAAAAACUGAAUAUAAUGAGGGCAAAAUGGUUUACUUAAAGGUAGAUCUAAAAUCAAAUAAACAUGUUCAGAACUAUAAUUUCAAGUGCUGAAUAGGUCAAAUUAAUUAGAGACUUUCAUUAAGGUGUUAAAGUACCAGUACUUGAUUUCAUUAUGCUAAACAAAUUUUUUUUAUUUACAUAUUUGUAUUUCAAAGAAUAGUUGUUAGAUAUUUUAGGUUCAAAUUCUUUAGCCAUUUCGAAUGCAUAAAGUACAAUCUAAAAUUAUUUAAAAUAAAACAUAUCGUAAAAUUAUCAGUUUUCUAUUCCUGUUUAAUUCUCAUACUUCUGUAUUACAUAAACAACCACAUGAAAUUUCUAUAUAAAAUAAAAAUGCGAAUUUUUUA